CACCACAAGUUCGUUCGCCGCAGAUAUGAAGCCCACAGCAACAGUGCCGUGGCUGCUAAGGCACCGGGUUUUCCUCUGUCUCCUGUUCUGUCUGUGGCUACCCGGAGUCCUGCUGGCCGGAGAACCGGACCAACAGCAGCCUGAAGUCGACAGAGCUGCCCCAGAGGCGGCCCUCAUAAACGGGGAAGGAAAACUCAGGGACUCAGUACGGGAGGGUGCAGUUGUAGCGACCAAGGAAAAACACGAGGUGGUGGAGGUGGAGGAGCCAGGUUCAGAGGGAGUGGUGGCGUGGGUGAGUGUGGGGUUCUUCCAUGCCUUCGUGGCCGCCUUCUCUGUCAUCAUCGUGUCUGAGAUUGGCGAUAAAACCUUCUUCAUUGCCGCCAUCAUGGCCAUGACACACUCCCGUUGUCUGGUGUUCAGCGGUGCUCUUUCUGCUCUUGGACUCAUGACCUUUCUCUCUGUCGUCCUUGGCUUUGCCACAAUGGUGAUUCCCCGUGCGGUGACGUUCUAUGUGAGCACGGGUCUCCUGGCGCUGUUUGGAGUCAAGAUGUUGUACGAGGGGUGGAACAUGAGCAGCGAUGAGGGACGAGAGGAGUUCGAUGAGGUCUCUGAAGAGCUCCGCAAGAGGGAGGAAGUGGAGACAGUAGGAGACCAAGAGCAGGGGCUGUCGACCAGACUGCCAUUACGUCGCCGCCUGCGUUGUCUGGGGCCCGUUACGUCGGCCAUCUUCCUGCAGGCCUUCACGCUCACCUUCCUGGCAGAGUGGGGUGACCGCUCCCAGAUUACUACCAUCAUCCUCGCUGCCAGAGAGAACCCAGUAGGUAUCACCAUAGGAGGAACAUUGGGACAUGCACUCUGCACAGCUCUAGCAGUGAUAGGAGGCAAAAUGGUGGCCCAGAGAAUAUCUGUCAAAACUGGUGAGACCCCAAAACCUGUUUGGAACACUGUGCAAUAUACAUACAUAGCCUAUAUAGCUCUUUUGAGGGAAUGAACAGUGGCAUCGUAAGUUUGUGAGUGAAGUAAAGUGCUAUCUUGUUGACUGGAAUUGCACACAGUGGGGUAACAUGCAUGUGUGAAAAUCAUGAAAUAUGUGAAUGGUUCAAAUGGGAUACAUAUACACAUAGCCUCUUUUGAGGAAACAAAAUAAUGUUUACUAACUUCAGGGUUUAGUGAAAGACUUGAGAAAUCAAUGUGGACGUAAAACAGGAGGGAAACUGUAUGUAUACGUGUAGUCUUGAGUUGCGAUUUUUUCACCACUGGAGUGAACCUCUGAAAUUACAUCUCUCAGUUUGGUGCUGACCCUCUCUCUCUCUCUCUCUCUCUCUCUCUCUCUCCACUUUCUCCUACUCCUCUCCAGUAACCAUAAUAGGAGGAGUGGUGUUCCUACUGUUUGCAGCUACAGCUCUGCUCCAUCCAGAACUAGGACCACAGGGGUCAGACCUUGCCAGUUAGCCCUAGCCCACCUCUCUCUCUCUCUUCUCACCAUCUCUAGCGCAUAGCAAAUAUACACAGCACAGCUAGCUUCUACACCUAUUCUUGUCACUGUGUG